AUGGAAAAUGCAAAGAAUGCGGGAAACGUGCGCAAUCUGCACCUCUUGAUUCGCUCGACUGGCCCUCGAAAACCUCUUGUCAACGAAAUAAUCAGGGACCAAAUUGGCUUGCUGAUAUGCAGCAGAGCAGAAUGUUUGGACUUCUCGGCACAGUACUCCGAACAGCAAUUCAGCUGGCCACCUGCUACCUCCAAUCCAGAAUCCUGGCCUUCAAAAGAAAGAUGGACCGUGAAUAUGGAGCCGCCUUCAGUCUCAGAAGUGCCCGAGUGUAUUUCCCUCAUCAAGCGUCAUCCUGCUGCUUGUCUUGAUGACUUUCCAUCUGCUCUCUUCAAGGAUGACGAUGGACUUCUCAGCCAGUGCCUGUCUAGCCCAUUUGGGUCUAUCUGGAAGAAAGAGCAGCCCACAUAUCUAAGCUGCUCCGCCGGUGUCGGUACAAUGGACGCCAACCGCUGGAUUCAAUUACACAAAGAGUUCGACGCAUAUUAUUCGGAGUUUGAACGUCUUCUUUCUGAGUGUGCGCGACCGAAGAAUUCUGCAGACGAACUUGUUCAGCUUCACGCUGGUUUCCUUAUCCAUGAUGACAUUAUCGACAACUCACCAACACGAAGAAACCGGACCUCCUGGUUUUUGAUGCAGAAACAAGCUGGCCGUGGUCUUAUCGCUGUGAACGACGGAUUGCAUUUGAUUCUUACCACCAAGUUCCUUCUUCAUCGCCUGUUUGUCAGAAAUGGUACUACAGCUGUGGGUUACCUCAAACUUCUCCAGUUAUUUGAUGAAGUUAGCUAUCGGACUUGUUGGGGUGAAAGUCUAGAUUCUCAUUAUUCUCGAACCGCUCCAAAUGAUAACACAACCGAGCUCCUUCCUCUUGAUUCGUUUACUCGAUCAAAUUUCAAUGAAAUUUGUACUUGGAAGACGGGAUUUUACACUUUCUAUUUGCCCGUUGCCUGUGGAAUAGCUAUCGCCGGCACAACCGAUGAAGCAUCCUAUUCGGCUGCUAGCCAUAUCCUGCUCAAACUGGGGCGGUAUUUCCAAGCACAGCAAAACUAUGGCCGCAGGGAUCCGGUGGCACAGUCAGCUGUACGGGAGGUGUACGAACAACUGCGUUUGCGGCAAAUAUUUGCGGAUUACGAGGCGCAGAUGCGAACGGAAAUCAUGGGAGAUAUCACGGAUUGGACCCUUCCGGAUGCUUGUGUUACUCGCCAUGCACAGCAUCUGUUUUGUGAUUUGGUUGACCUAUUGUUUCGCCGUGCAAAAUAGUUUUUCUUAUCCUAAUUUGUUUCCCCUCCCCCACUUACCCAUAUAUCUAACUGUGUGGUUCUCUCCUUUGUGAUACAGUUCUUUGACUUUUUAUCGCAAUUUCCCUUGCUACACAAACUUUUAGAUCAGUUAAUGAACCAUACCUAGUAUCUACGCAUUUAUGUUGGGUACGGUAAGAGGACACCGUUAUCAACAGGUUUUUAAUACGUGAGACCCAUUUGUAUACGUAUUUUUCAAGCUAUUAUUGUUUUGCCAUCGGCUACCCGAUAACUGGAAAACAGCGUUUUUUGUGAAAAAUUGUUUCGUCAGAAACCCUAG